UGUCACACACACACAGUACGAGCAACAAAUAAAGUUUCAACUAUAAUUCACUAGCAGUAAAUGAAUAAAAUAUGAGUGAGCUACGCGGUAAUGCAAAAGCACGCACUGAACCGCCCCGUGAACGCGCCUACGAUGGCGACGCCUUUGUGAAUCACUUUGCACGCCGUGGAGCACGCGAAAUAAUUGUGAUGGAUGCCAAGGGGCGUCCGAUGCGCUCGACAUUGUCGCAUCGCCGCACUUAUGCAUAUGCCGUCAAUCUGACACCUUUGACCGAAAUGGCACGCAAUGUGGUCAGAGAUUUGGAUCCAUCCAACGAUGUGACUUUUAUGCGUUUGCGGUCGCCGCGACAUGAAGUGCAUGUAACCCUAAGCGACGAGUUUAUUGUUGUGGUCAUUCAGCGCUUGAAAGCGAAAAAGAAAGCAUAAAAAUAUAUGUAUGUGUGCGUGUGUGUGGAUUUUCAUAGAGAGCUUAGCUUGCAAUUAUAAUCCAUAGCCAGGGCUUAA